AUGGUUAACACUGGAAGAGGACAGAAUCUGAAUAGUCGACAGAGGAGAGCUGCACGUAGGCAGCAAGAACACCUGCAACGUCAGCAAAUUGAGGAAGAGCAGCAACGACUUGGGUUUCAGGAUGAGGGUCAGCUUCAGGAGGAGCAAGAGGAAGUUCAGCAGGCUUCGGCUCUGGGCAGGGAUCCAGAAUAUCAAAUAAAUAUAUCUGAAGAUGAAUCAGAUGAACAAAUCAAUGUUCUUACUGAUCAAUCAGGCUCUGAAGAAUUCAAUGAUUCUUCAGACCAAUCUGAAUCUGUGGAUGAAGAAAUUCACGCUAAAUCACAGCCUGAAGAAGCUUCAUCUAGUAAAAAAGAGAAUUAG